UUCACCCGCAGCAAUUAUCUGUUUUUUGACAAGUUUUCUGCCUCAAAUUUCUGGUACUUGCCACCCGAAUGAGAUCAGCUGACCCUGCGGAAAGAAAGACGUCAAGUUGCUCUUCAUGCUCUUCAAGCACACCACCUUGAUGUUGGUUAUGUUCAGGCUUCCAGAACUUGCCAGAAGCAAAGCUGAGUUCAUCGACCAGAAUAAUGGAUGGGCCAACGGCCUGUGGCAACAAGUUUAAUAAUGUUGAUUCAACACAGCAAAUAUAACUUGUCUUUGAAAGCAUCGAGCUCAUAAGACCAAAAGUUUUGUGACGACUUAGUUUACAGCAUAAGUUAGAGAAAUUUUUGUCACUGCCUCGUGUAAUGAAGGUUUUUCCAUGGUGAAGCGCAGCUGGUGUAGUGGUAGUACCCUCCCACCUCAUCCGGAUGGUUUACGCGGCGUUCUUGUUGCUAACGCUCGCCACCAUGGUUACCAUCUUGUGCCUGUGAUUGAGGAGAGUCUGAGUACCAACAAAAAGAGUCUUAGGAAUUCUUGAUUGAUUGGCUCACGCAUCUCACUCCAUCGAACUAGAAUGUUCUUAUGAUCCACGGCACAAGGAAAUGCUGCCAGAGAUUCGUGCCCAGCUCAGCCGCGGAGAUCGAUCGCCUUGAUAAUCUCGCAACACACCUCUUCGACCAGACCAAGACCCAAGACAAAGAUCCCAACAAUGAUCCCGACGAAGAACAAGAACGUUUGUUGGCCUCGAUCAUCCGCGACUGUGCCGCUACCCAAUCCCUCCCGCUCUGCAAGAAGAUCCACGCCACCAUUGCCAGAGAUCACCGCUCCCACCUGUUUAUCAGCAAUCUCCUCAUCGAGGCUUACUGCCGAUGCGGCAGCCUGGACGAUGCCACCACUGUGUUUGGCCAAAUGCUCGCCCACAAGAAUGCGGUGUCGUGGACUCUCCUGAUCGCAGCAAAUGCCCGCAAGGGGCAUUAUUCCCGCGCGUUCCACCUCUUCCAAUCCAUGCAGCUCGAGGGCGUCAGGCCCGAUCGAGUGACCUACCUCACGAUCCUGAGCGCCUGCUCGGAUCCGAGCGCGCUGCCCGUGUGCCGAUCUAUCCACGCGCAGCUCACCGGCAUGGGCUAUGGAUCGGAGCCCGGAUUCAUCAAAUCCUAUAGCAUGUGUGGCGAUCUUGCCGCUGCCAGGGACGCCUUCGAUCGAAUCGCUCCCAAAUCCGUGUCGUGCUGGAACGCGAUGAUGAUCGCCUACGCGGAGAGGGAUCUGCACGAAGAGAUUUUGGAGCUCUACCGGCGAAUGGAUGCCCGCCCAAACGAAACGACCGUGAUCAAUGUCCUGGGCGCGUGUUCGGCGCUAAAGAACAGCACAGUGGGCAAACUCGUCCACAACGAUUCCUCGCGAAUCGGGCUGGAUGCCGACACCUUCGUCGCGAAUUCUAUCCUUACAAUGUACACCAAAUGUGAUCUUGUCGAGGAAUCGGUCUGUGUUCUUGAGGCGAUGCCUGUGAGAGACGUGGUGUCUUGGAACAUCAUCCUCGCGGCAAAUGCCCGGAAUGGGGAUUUUAAGGUUGUGUUGGAACUCUUCCGGAAGAUGGAACACCAGGGGAUCAAGCCCAGCAGCGUCACAUUCGUUACCCUCGUCCAAUCUCUCGCGCGCCUGGGCGAUGAUGUGGAAGCAGCGCGAUCAAUCCACUCGCGAAUCCUGGGCAGCGGUGUAGAGAUCCACGACGCGCUUCUCAACGCGCUGCUCAAUCUCUACGGCAAGACCGGCGUGGAGGACGCGCGGUCCUUCUUCUCCACGAGCAUGCCGGCAAAGAAUCUGGUCUCUUGGAACACAAUGAUCUCUGCUUGCCUGGGCUGGGGCGAAUCCGAGGAAGCGUUGGAACUCCACCGCCGAAUGGAUCUCGAGGGCGUCAAGGGCGACGAGAUCACCUUCGUGGCGAUCCUGGGCGCUUGCGCAGCGACCCAAAACAUCGUCCAGGGGCGAUCGAUUCACGCACGGAUCCUCGCCUCGCCCUCGCGAAUCUCUAGCGAUGUGGCAGUGGGCAAUGCGCUAGCGGGGAUGUACGCUGCCUGUGGGCUGCUCCAUCUCGCGAGCGACUUGCUCGACGAUCAAGCCAAGGUGGAGGAAGAAUCAAGCGUCGUGACGUGGUCAGCGAUGAUCAGCUCGCAAGAAACCAUGGCCGAAUCGUGCGUGAUCUACCGAAGAAUGCUCCUCGAGGGCAUCCGGCCCAAUCACGUCUCCUUCCUCUCACUGAUCGCGGCCUGUGAGAAGGAGCUCAAUCGCAUCGAGGAUGGAAGAUCAUCGAUCCAAGAACACUUCGAUCGAAUCCAGGGACACAUCCGAGAGGCCGGACUAGAGCUCGUGCCCGUCGUCACCACCGCGCUCAUGAGCUUCCACACGAAGCUCGGCCGCGGCCUGGACCGCGCAAGAGAUCUCUUCCAGCGAUUGGAAGAGCGAUCCGUGUGGCCGUGGGUGGCGAUGAUGACCGCGGCCAAUUCUAGCGGCGAUCCACGCCUGGCUCUCCACUUCUUCCACGCGAUGCUCCACGACGGCACCGUUCCCGACGAGAUGGCCUUCGCGGUUGCGCUGACCGCUUGCCGAGAGAUGAAGUGCCCACACCGGGGAGGUGCUGUGCAUUCGUGGUUCCUCGAGAGCGGGAUCUUAUCGGCGAGAGUGGACACCCUCGCGAUCAAUCUCUACGCCAAGUGUGGCGCUGCGAAAUCCGCGAGAACAGCCUUCGACCGCUCGCUCGAUCGGCGAAACCCGGUAGCUUGGAGCAGCAUGAUCGCGGCAUACGCAGAGUGUGGCGAGAUCCAGAGAGCUCUUUGCCUGCAUCGCGAUAUGGGGCUGGAAGGGAUCGAGCAAGACGCAGUGACCUUCGUCAGCCUCUUGUUCUCGUGCAGCCAUGGCGGACUGGCGAGGAGGGCCAUGGAGAUCUUUGCGUCGAUGCAAGGCGAUCACGGCGUGGAUCCAAUCCCGGAGCACUACGGCUGCGUGGUGGAUCUGCUAGGGCGGUGUGGGCAUCUGCGCGAUGCCGAGGCGCUCGUGAAUUCCAUGCCGAUGGAGCCCAGUGUGGAGCAGUGGACGAGCUUGCUCAAUGCAUCCACACUCCACUUGGAUCCAUGUCAUACAUCCUAAUAACUCUACCUAAAAAACCAACCCUCCAAAACUUAAUGUUAUACUAUAA